GUGACGGCGGGUAACGGCGCGCAGUGCCGCGCAGUGCCGGGUGACGGCGGGUAACGGUGCGCAGUGCCGGUUAGCGGCGCCUGACAACGAGAGAAAUUUAUCACAUAAAAGAAAUGAUUGAGUCAGUCAAAUUAAGAAGACAGUGCAUGCUGGAUUUCUUCUCACAUUAUGAACAUCUUUGUGAACUUCAAGGCUCUCUCCCUCUGAAAGCUGUGAAGGCUAACAUGACUCGUGAUGCUAUUGAUCUGAUUGUGGAUCACAUCAAAGCUACUGAUUGGGCACCACUUCUGAAUGCUCUCAGGCAUAAUAAGACUUUGGCUUCUAUUAGAAUAAGAAGUUUACAUCAACAUGGUCUUGAAGAAUCAGGUGUUGAAAGAUACAAAACUUACUUUAGAAGGAGAAUUCCAGCAACUCUGUCAAAAGACUUGACUGGCCAACUAUGCAAAGCUGUGAAAGGCUGUCUCAGUAUAUCAGAUGUACUAAAACAUUUAGAACUGCAGGGUUUGCUUCUGAGGGAAGGAGACCUAGCACUUUUAACAAAGGGCUUGGCCACAGCUUCAUCUCUGGAGAGUGUCUCUUUAGCCCACUGUCCAAUUGGAGAUGGAGGGUUGGAAACAAUCUGUCAGAGUAUAAAGAAUACAGCUACUAUCAGAUUUCUUAACUUCACAGCAUGUAGCCUCACGUGGCGAGGGGCAGAACAUAUAGCAAAUUUAUUAAAGCACCAGGCAGUAAGAAGACAUGGUCAAGCUUGGGCUGACAGCCUACGUUACAGGAGACCUGACCUUGAAUAUAUGACAGGUUUGAGGCGGAUUACUUUGAACUGCAACAUGCUUGUUGGAGAUAGAGGAGCAAGUGCCUUUGCAGACUGUCUAGGAGAGGACCUUUGGCUAAAAGCACUUGAUUUGCAGCAGUGCGGAAUAUCCAAUGAAGGAGCAAGGUCAUUAUUAGAUGCUCUUCAAACUAACACAACAUUAGUGGUACUUGACGUAAGAAAAAAUCCAUUAAUUGGUCAUAGUCUGAUGAAAAAGAUAAUUGAAAGAGUUCUCAAGAAUGGAAGCAGUGCUGACUCAGAGUUUAAGUGGCUGAUGUCUCCGUCUUCCAAAGAUGCUUUGAAAACUAAGCCAAAGAAAAGAACUAUUGUCCUAGGAAGUGGUCGGAAAGGAAAAGCUACUAUUCGUAUUGGAUUAUCAUCUAAGAAAUCUGUAAGUCCUGGGAAAAAAAAUUCUACUGUUAGAGAGAGUUACUCACCAAAACCACUACCACCAGGCACAAAGGGCUUCCUUCCUUGGCGGACUGCAGAACGUGCAAGGAGAUACAGAGGCAGGGCAGCGGAUUGUGCUGGGGAAUUGCCAUUGAAGAUUCAGACAGCUGUACCUGUGAAAGUGACACUAGAACGUGCUUCUACAUCUGAAACUGAAGACACAGAAGAUUUAGAGAAUGUUGUCCAGCAGACUGGUUUGUCAAAAUCAUUAGAUAAGACUGAUGUAGCACAAUAUCAACAGUUACAGUUGGAGCUGGAAGAAUGCAUGGAAAAACUAAAGGAAGAACAGAAAGCUAGAGUAAAGGCUGAGGAACGAUUACUAGAGCUGGAAAUUGAAAAUGCAAGAUUAAGGAGUCUAAAUAUCUCCCUAUCCGAGGUUCUUCAUGCACAGUCAGUAACCAACAUGAUUUUGGAAGAUGAAGGUGUUCUAGGCAGCAUUGAGAACUCUUUUCAAAAGUUUCAUGCUUUUUUAGACCUCCUUAAAGAUGCUGGCCUUGGACAACUUGCUGUAUUAGCUGGGAUAGACCAAUCAGAUUUUGGUAUUUUGGGGCAUCCACAAAUGAAUGCUACUCUCAGUAAGCCUGUGAACGUGGUAAAGGAGAAGUCUUUUGAAGAAGAAAGACAGGAACAUACUGAGAAUAGCAAAAACAGAGCUGGGGACAUUCAACUUCCUCUUCCUGGCACAUUUCAAUCCCAGAUGGUUGUGAAUAAUGCCUUUUCAUCACUUAAAGAAAUGAGAGAACUUCAGGCUGCUGGACAGCAGUACCAGCCAGGUUUGUGGAGGGAAAAUGAAGCUCAAACAAUUAACCCAAAUAAAGAGAAUAAGCCUCGAAGUAGUACUCCAGUAUUAUCUGAGAGCAGAGUCAAACAAAAUGACCAAGCAAAAGGACAUCACUCAGCAAGGCAGUUGGCUACCGGUCUGCAUUCAUUUGCUGAUUCCAGUGUACAAAUUAGAAGUGAUGAUAGCACAAUAUCCAGUGGUAUUCCUGGUGAAAAAAGCAAAAAUUAUUCCUCUAAGAAACACAUUCCUCUAGCAAAUGAAACAGCAGCUCCAAGUAACAGUGUGAGAGGAGACAAAAGUAGACUGCAGAUAGUUAAUGUUAGCUCUGGAACUGAUACUGUAGGAUCUGUUUCUGAAAUACAAGAAAGUAUACCAAGUGUUAACAGCAUUUGAAGUGGUUCUAAAAUGUUUGAACUGUUCUUUACACUUGCAAGAUUAUGUUUUGGAUGUCUCAGUAUAAUUAGUGAAUUUUUUGUAAGGUUUUGUAGACUUUGACUUUUUAAAGCAUUGCAUACUGCUCAGUAUUCCUGUUUCAUGCUUGCAUUCUUUGUCACUA